GAGAGAGAGAGAGGCGUACUUUUCUCAGAUCUCUGGAUGAUAUCGGCCUGUAGGCUUGUUCGACCAUUUCUAGGGUUUUACCGGAUUUUUCUUCUUCCUGCGAGAAAAAGAGUUUCCUUAACGUAAGGCCUAGGCUGCUGCAUUGUCUACCAUGAAUAACUUCCCAAGCUCCUACAAUAAAGGUGGAAAAGAGGGUACAAAAAAGAAAAGAAAAGAACUGCGAAUAACCCCAUACCGUAGCUUAGGGAGAUUCCAUGAUUCAACACUAGCUUGAUUCUAGGCCAUCCAAUGCUGUAGAGACUUGCAGGAGCAUGCUUUUGUUCUGUUCUAAGUUCACCUUUGAGAAUGGCAUAUGAAGAAGUUUUGAAGGCUGUUUUCCCUCUACUGGAGGGUGCAGACCUUGCAUCCUGCAUGCUGGUGUGUAAGCAGUGGAGAGACAUAGCCCAAGAUGAUUAUUUCUGGAAAUGCGUAUGUGCCAAGAGAUGGCCUUCAAUAUGCAAGCGUCCUUCUCCUCCAACUGUAACUUAUUACAAGUUAUGCCAAACCUUCUACAAACGUCAGCAUUGCCGAGCUCUUCCCCCUCCAAGACUGUCCUUUAGUGACCUGGAAUUUUAUAUUGACAUUUGGACAGGAGAGAGAUCAAUCUUCUCUGAAGUGGUCCCAGGCCCUGUUCUCCAAACUGGAAUUGUUGUCCCACCACCUGGCAUAUGCGACAUGCUUAGGUUUCACCUUGAGGGUCCUGAGUACAAGAUGACCCUACUUGUGGAGCCUAGGUUUACCGUUCCUCUGAUGGCAACUGUGAGCGUAUCAGUGCUUGUGGGACGGAAAGACUCCAAGAAGGUUGCUUGCAUAAUCAACAAAUCCAUGUUUGAUUAUAUUGAUCGGACAGCUUAUAGGGCCCUCGCAUUUGACUACCUUGACUUCUCCCCCAUAUAUCCCUUCAUUUCUGGCAUCAGGGCGUGGAUUUCAUUGCUUUUCAUGGAAGAUGGAAACGAAGGUGUCAUUAAUGUCUUUGGGCUUGAAAUGGAUUUCUGUGAUGCUGCAAACUCUGAGCCAGAGGUCCUUUGGCUAUUAGACAUGCUUGAUUGGAAGUGAAGACACCAACUGGUUUAGCAGCACAAGGUUCCUGUAUGUGUAUGUAAUGCACUAUUUUGCUACCUUCUUUGGUUCUUUAAUAUGUGGUACCUAAGACAAAUACCUUCGACUCCCCCCUCCAUUGUUGGGAGCUGAAUUAAGUGUUAUCUUAUUCUAUGUUCAAACUGUGUACAUAUUCAAUAAAUGUGGACAAUUUUCAUGAUUA